AUGACCGACCUCUGGUCAGUUACACAGAGUGGUCCGUUAGAGGCUCCUUCUGGGCGCUGCAGGCUACUGUCCGAGCCUGAUCCGUCAGUUGGGAUUGGGGAAGUUCCCGUUCGUCCGUCUGGGGCAGUCAGCCGAAGUGCUCUCCUUGUGUGGAAGAGCCAAAAGAUAGGGCAAGCGAAGGUGGCAGGGAUCGCUUUUGCGAUCAACCUGUUGCUACCACAGUCGCUAGACAGCAAAGACCAGGUUGUAGCAGAGGCUGCGUUCGCAGUCAAUCUGUUUCCAACCACGGGUUCUUCAAGGUUCUCCGCGAAAUUAUGCCUUUACCGUCUCCUCAAAGGAUCCGGUGGACAGAAAACCAGACGAUCUGCUUACCAUGUGACAGGGAAUAACGAUGGUUUCACGGAACCGGAAAUGACCAAAGCGCUGGAGACAUUGCUGUUAGUGUGCCAGACUGCCAAAGCAUCGUGCAUUUUCCUGCGUCAGCGCAAAAGCGACAACGGUAUUAUAAACACCUACCUAAUAAGGAGACAAGCGGACGAGGAGGAUUUUCUGGAAGUUCGAAUUGCGGUGCUCGGUAAUGUGGAUGCUGGUAAAUCCACUUUGCUCGGUGUCUUGACGCAUGGCGAGCUGGAUAACGGUCGUGGUUUGGCCCGGAUGAAGUUGUUCCGCCAUAAGCACGAGCAGGAAUCGGGGCGUACCAGCAGCGUGGGACACGACAUUCUGGGUUUCGAUGCCGACGGAAAGGUAGUUAACCGAGCCUUCGCACACGGCAAUGAUCUCGAUUGGGAGGGAAUCUGCAAGCAAAGUUCCAAGGUUAUUACCUUUAUCGAUCUGGCCGGACACGAAAAGUACCUUAAAACCACGAUAUUUGGAAUGACCGGGCAUCUACCGGAUUUCUGCAUGCUUGUGGUUGGUGCGAACGCUGGAGUUGUGGGAAUGGUCAAGGAACAUCUAGGACUAACCUUAGCUCUAGCCGUGCCAGUUUUCGUGGUGGUUACCAAAAUCGAUAUGUGCCCCGCUAACGUCCUCCAGGAUACUCUGAAGCUGCUGCAGAAGCUGAUGAAAUCUCCCGGCUGUCGUAAAAUUCCCAUCAUGGUGGCCAAUGAGGACGAUGUUGUCACCUCGGCCAGCAACUUCACAUCGUCCCGUGUCUGUCCGAUCUUCCAGCUGUCAUCUGUGACCGGUGCCAAUAUGGAAUUACUACAUAAAUUUCUCAAUUUGCUAACCUCGCGGCAUGAAAUGCACGAAGCGGAGCCGGCAGAGUUUCAGAUUGAUGAAACCUACUCGGUGCCGGGCGUGGGCACGGUAGUGUCAGGGACGGUGCUGCGCGGUGUGAUUCGACUGAAUGAUACGCUCAUGCUAGGACCGGAUGCCUUGGGACAUUUUCAGGCCAUUGCGGUGAAGUCGAUCCACAGAAAACGAAUGCCGGUGUCGGUGGUUCGGGGUGGACAGGCUGCAUCAUUUGCUCUUAAAAAGAUCAAGAGGUCACAUUUGCGAAAAGGAAUGGUGAUGGUAGCACCGGCUAUGGAUCCCAAAGCUUGCUGGGAGUUUGAAACCGAAAUGUUGAUUCUGCAUCAUCCUUCUACGUUGCAAAGCGGCUACCAGGCCAUGGUGCACACGGGAAGUUGCAGGCAGACCAUCAAGAUCCUGAGUAUGUCACAGGACUGCCUGCGCACGGGCGACAAAGCGUUGGUGCGCUGCCGGUUCAUCAAACUACCCGAGUUCCUCCGUCCUGGACAGCGCAUGAUCUUGCGUGAAGGACGCACGAAAGCGGUGGGAAAUAUUACUCAGGUGUUUCUGGAUGCACCCGCCGGAAACUUCGACCUGCAUCCCUAUCAGCAUCCACGACCGGCUGCCCCAGCCGGUGCCGGCGGGAAACCUGCCGGACAGGCAGCGGGAAGUGGUGCGAAGAAGACGACGGGUGCCAGUGCCAGUGGGGCUGGCCGUGGUGGACAUAACCGGUAAUUGAGAGAGACUGGUUGAACUGUUAGUUUCUGAGAGAGUACGAAGUGGAAUUAAUUAACUUGUGCGAUUUUUUGUAUAUUCAGGAUUUCUUAAGUCUGAUUGGGAUUAGUCUUGGAGGUUUUAGCUUUUACUUUUUGUCUCGUAGAUUUCUUGUUUUUCUUUGUGUUUGUGAAAUGUCUUAGCUUCCGUUGGUUUUAUGAAUGAGAUUUCUAUUAAAAUACAGUUUUGUCGUUGAA